AUUCUUUGUAGUGAAGUUGCCAGUUAUCCGUCUAUACGUUCUUUCUAUUUAUUUGGACAAUACAUACGCUUUUGCUGAGUACCUGCACCGUAAUGCCUUGAUGUGAAGCCUGUAGCUGUCGGCAGCGACCACCAAAUUGAACAGUCGGGAUCACACUAGUUUCUCUUCAACCACCACGUCCAAACCUCCCGUUCUCGCUUCCCUUCCAGAUUUCUCUGUAUCAUCAUCUUUGCAACCCUUAUCGUACUUGAACAUUUGAUUGCUGUUUCUACCGACCCGGAUCCGAGCCCCCUCAUCCCGAAUAACAACAUCGAAAUUCGAACUGUUACAGCGACUUUCGCUCCCCUUAGACUCCACCUUUAUACACCAUGACAGUGACCAAUCCCGACAGAUGGAUAGAUCAACUUAUGCGCUGCGAACAUCUCUCAGAACCCGAUAUGAAAGCUCUCUGUGAACAAGUCCGAUGUAUACUCAUGGAAGAGUCCAAUAUCCAACCCGUUUCAAGUCCAGUGACCAUCUGCGGCGAUAUUCAUGGACAGUUCUGGGACUUGCUAGAGUUACUAAGGAAAGGAGGGAAGGUACCGGAGACGAGCUAUAUAUUUAUGGGUGAUUUUGUUGAUCGAGGCCAUUAUAGUCUAGAGACUGUAUCAUUGUUGCUUGCGCUGAAAGCAAGAUAUCCGGACAAGGUCACCCUAUUGAGGGGUAAUCAUGAAAGCCGGCAGAUUACGCAGGUAUAUGGGUUCUAUGAUGAAUGCCAACAGAAGUACGGCAGUGCAUUAGUAUGGAAAGCGUGCUGUAACGUCUUCGACUACCUAAAUCUUGCAGCUAUUAUAGACGGAGAGACUCUAUGUGUACAUGGCGGCUUAUCACCGGACAUUCGAACAUUGGAUCAAAUCAGAGUACUAUCAAGAGCACAGGAGAUCCCACAUGAGGGUGCUUUCUGCGAUUUGAUGUGGUCAGACCCGGAUGAGGUCGAUAACUGGGCUGUUAGUCCUAGAGGUGCUGGUUGGCUGUUCGGUGCCAGCGUAACACGGGAGUUCAAUCACGUCAAUUCUCUGCAACUUAUCGCUCGAGCUCACCAGCUUGUACAAGAAGGAUACAAGUACAUGUUUGAUGAGCAACUCGUAACCGUCUGGUCAGCUCCAAAUUACUGCUACCGCUGCGGGAACAUGGCCAGCAUAUUGACUGUUAAGGAGGGUGGACAAAGAGAAUUUACCGUGUACGAUGCAGCGGAGGAGAAUGAGAGAGAUAAGGACAUGCAGAAGAAUAGGAAAAUGGGUAAUAUGCCUUACUUUGUAUGAUACAACAUGCCUAGGCCUCACAAUCUCUUGUUCUUUGUCGUGGAAGCUUAUAUUCAUGAAGAGCUAAGGUCUCCAGCGGCGGCGACGAUCUUACAAGCCUGUCUAUUUUAUUGAGGAUCCCUGAUGGGCGGCCCGGUAUGCCGAGCCUGUAAACGAUCUCGAACUUAAAGUUCUCUGAUACCUUAACGAACGACGGACAGUCACCAUAAUAUAUACUGAUACAAGAC